AAAAAAUUAAGAAUCUCAACCUAUGAUUCGAGUUUGAUAAUGGAAGGGCAGUAUAAUGAAAGCGAAGAAUCCAGUCUUGUUGUUAGUACCAAAGCAGUGCCAGAAUUUGAUACAAAAUCAAUUGAAACUUCAAAUAAUAUCGUCUUUGAUAGAAAAGAUCAAGUUAACGUUGUUUUUGUUCCUAAAUCUUCCCAAAUGGCUCAAAUCAUCAUUACUAAUAAAUCAGCAAAACCAAUUGAUUGCUCGGAUUUGAAAUUCGAAGUCUAUAAUUGUUUCGAAACAAAUGUAUCAAGUGUUUUGGUUCAUAAAAAACAUGGUAUUUUAUCGGGUAAAAGUGCUAAAUUUAACAUCGCUGUUAACGGAGCCCAUCUUAAAUAUCCAUUCAAAUUAGUAAUGAAGAAUGAUUCUUUCACUGCUUUUACUGAAUUGAGUAUGAAACAACUUUCUGGCUCCUUUAAUUUCAAUACCGUUACCCCGGUUGAAUUACCAGAAAAAGCUACUAUUGAAAGUACUCCCGAAGAAGAAUUGAACGAUGAUAAUGCCUCAUCUGUGACUGAAGAUCAUGAACUCGCUUCUUCCCCAGCUUCAGCUGAUCAAUCCAGACUGCAAUCGUUUUCUCUGUCGGUUCACUCGAUGGUAUUACCAACUUUGCCAAAGGAAUCUAUUAUUGAGCAAGGAUCUCAAUACUUGGAUGCUAAUUCAACCAUUGCAGAAGCAGAAGAUGCAAAAAACGAUGCUGAAAAUGACAAGGAUAUGGAUGAGUACGAUAUGAUCAGUGAGUCUGAUUGUGAAAUUGACUCUGACUAUGAAGUAUUAUCCACCACCAAUAGCAUUGCUUAAUGAUUUUUAUUUCAUUCCUCAAAUUUAAAUACUCUUUUAUAUAAUUCUUUUUUUCUUUUACCCUUUUUCAUGACUAAUAGGUUUCACGCUUGGUAUGCAUGCUGGUUGAAUAGGUUGGCGGUUUUCUUCUUCACUCAUUUAUUUUCGUUAGUUAACUACUUUUGUUUUGCUAUAUAAUUUUCAAUU